GGUCACGAACUGAAAACAGAUUUUCAUGCUGAUUGAUGUGGGGACACCAGCCACAAUGAGGAACUCCUUUCUGGCAUCCUCUCUCUCGAUUGUCACUUUUCUCCUGCUAAUUCCUGAAGAUUUCUGUGUAAAAAUUAUUGGAGGAAAUGAAGUGACCCCUCAUUCAAGACCCUACAUGGUGCUACUAAAAGGAAAAAACAUCUGUGCUGGGGCUUUGAUUGCAAAAGACUGGGUAUUGACUGCAGCUCACUGUGGCCUGGAGAGAAAGUCCAAAGUCAUUCUUGGGGCUCACUCAAUGGAUGAGAAUGAGCGAGAAAAACAGAUCAUUGUCAUUAAAAAAGAGUUUCCCCAUCCGUGCUAUGAUGAGGACACACACGAGCAUGACCUUAAACUUCUACAGCUGAACAAAAAAGCAGCAAUUAAUGAAAACGUAAAUAUCCUUCCUCUCCCUAAAAAUGGGAAUGAUGUGAAACCAGGAACCGCGUGUCGAGUUGCAGGGUGGGGGCAGUUUCGCAAUCAGUCACCUCCAUCUGAUACUCUGAGAGAAGUCAAUGUCACCGUCAUAGACAGAAAGAUCUGCAAUGAUCCAAAGCACUAUAAUUAUAAUCCCGUGAUUGGAUUGAAUAUGAUUUGUGCCGGAAACCUCCGAGGUGGAAAAGACUCGUGCAAUGGAGAUUCUGGAAGCCCUCUGAUAUGUGAGGGAACUUUCAGAGGUGUCACUGCCUUUGGCCUUCCAGGGAAAUGCGGAGACCCUCGAGGACCUGGCGUCUAUAGUCUUCUCUCAAAGGAACACCUCAACUGGAUAAAUAAGACUAUGAAGGGAAAGUUUAGAUAAUUGCAUUUCAUUUCAUUUGCUGUCACUUCUUAAUCUUGUCAUGAAUAAAAUCACUUUAUAUGAGU